AGCCCUUAACUCUGCCUCCCACGGGGGAGGGUCUCUGCUUUUCAGGUCACCCACUUCCUUCCUGUUCGUCUCAGCUGAGGGGUGCGAGUGAGGAAUCCACAGCAAGCCUUGCGCUGGGUGACCUCUGUCGAGCCGCUGACCCUCUCUGAGCCUUUAUGCAAAGCGCCGAAGGAGGGAUUCGGGAGCAGCACUAGCAGAGCCGGGAGGGUUGGUGAUGGAUGCACGGACGGUGCUGCUGGGCCUGCAAAUCAUGUCACUCCCGCUCCUGGCUCAUUGUACAGCCGCUACCCCCUCCCUGAGGUUUGUGGCUGUCGGUGACUGGGGAGGGGUCCCCAAUGCCCCAUUCCAUACUGCCCGGGAAAUGGCCAAUGCUAAAGAGAUCGCCAGAACUGUGCAGAUUAUGGGUGCUGACUUCAUCAUGUCCCUGGGAGACAACUUCUACUUCACUGGAGUGCACGAUGCCAACGACAAGAGAUUCCAGGAAACCUUUGAGGAUGUGUUCUCUGACCGUGCCCUCCGCAACAUUCCCUGGUAUGUGCUGGCUGGAAACCAUGACCACCUCGGCAAUGUCUCAGCACAAAUUGCCUACUCCAAGAUCUCCAAGCGCUGGAAUUUUCCAAGCCCUUACUAUCGUUUGCACUUCAAAAUUCCACGAACAAACGUAACUGUGGCCAUCUUCAUGCUGGACACAGUGAUGCUGUGUGGCAACUCUGAUGACUUCGUCAGUCAGCAGCCCAAAAUGCCCCGAGACCUGGGAGUGGCCCGAAGUCAGUUGUCCUGGCUCAAAAAGCAGUUGGCAGCAGCCAAGGAAGACUACAUUUUGGUGGCUGGCCACUACCCCAUCUGGUCCAUUGCUGAACAUGGACCCACCCGCUGCCUGGUCAAGCACUUACGGCCACUGUUGACCACAUAUGGGGUCACUGCCUACCUUUGUGGACAUGACCACAACUUGCAGUAUCUUCAGGAUGAGAACGGAGUGGGCUAUGUGCUGAGUGGGGCCGGCAACUUCAUGGACCCCUCUGUGCGACACCAACGCAAGGUCCCCAACAGUUACCUGCGCUUUCACUAUGGAUCCGAGGACUCCCUGGGUGGCUUCACAUAUGUGGAGAUAAGCCCUAAAGAAAUGACCAUCACCUAUGUGGAAGCUGCUGGGAAAUCACUCUUUAAGACCAGCCUUCCCAGACGACCCAGACUCUGAACACCUUCUACUUGUCCCCUAAUGGCUCUGAGGCAGGAAGCUUCUGCAUGCAUGGUGGGUGGGCACUAUGAGGACCUCAGCCAUGGGCAGCUUUUUUUCUAGCCCCUGGUGCUCUGACAGAGUGGGAAGGGAGACCAGAGAGGCUUACAUACAUGAAAGAAGUAUGUGCACACCGAUUCAUCGCACCCCACAGCCAGGUUCACCCCUGAGGUUUUGGGGCACAGCUUUCUUGGAGCAAGGCUUUCUUCUAAGUCAAGCAUUUUAUUGUCACUGCUGUUCAAUAAAAGAAUGGUUGUCAAGGCUG